CCUUGGUGCACCUUUAAUGCCUGUGUUUUGGCAUUUUUGUUGCAGCGCUGUCGCUUCCCGUCUGUUGAAACCAAUGGACUGACAUCAGCCAGCAGAGAUGCUGCUUAAAGAUCUUCCCAGAGAGGCCCUGAUGCGGCCGUUAUCCAGGAAUGAAGUGGUGGGCAUGUUGUUGAGGUUGACCAUCUUUGGCGCAGCGACCUACUACAGCAUCAAAUGGGUUGUAGACGCUAUGGACCCCACUGCCAAACAGAAAAACCAAGCCAAGAAAAGGGCAGAACAGCUGAUGAAGAGGAUUGGCGUUGAGGGCGUCAAACUCACAGAGUAUGAGAUGAAUAUUGCAUCUCAUCUAGUUGAUCCUCAAACUAUGAAGGUGUCCUGGAGAGAUAUAGCAGGUCUGGAUGAGGUUAUCAAUGAGCUGCAAGACACAGUCAUCCUGCCCUUUCAGAAGAGACACCUUUUAACUGGAUCCAAACUCUUUCAGCCCCCUAAAGGUGUUUUAUUGUUUGGUCCUCCAGGAUGUGGGAAGACCAUGAUUGCCAAGGCAACAGCCAAAGCCUCGGGUUGCAAGUUUAUCAACCUUCAGGCAUCCACACUGACAGACAUGUGGUACGGCGAAUCACAGAAGCUGACUGCUGCGGUCUUCUCAUUGGCUGUCAAAAUCCAGCCCUGCAUCAUCUUCAUUGAUGAGAUCGAGUCAUUUUUGAGGAACCGCUCCAGCCUGGACCAUGAGGCCACAGCCAUGAUGAAGGCCCAGUUCAUGAGCCUGUGGGACGGCCUGGAUACGUCCUCAACCACACAGGUGAUGGUGAUGGGAGCUACAAACAGGCCACAGGACGUCGAUCCAGCCAUUCUGCGCAGGAUGCCCGCCACUUUUCAUGUUGGCCUGCCAAACACAAGACAAAGACAGGACAUCCUGAGGCUGAUUUUAGCAGGAGAAAAUCUGAGCAAUGCCAUUAAUCUGAGGGAGAUUGCUGAGAAGACAGAGAGUUACUCUGGCAGUGACCUCCGGGAGCUUUGCCGCGAUGCUGCCAUGUACCGAGUCCGGGACUACGUCCGCAAGGAGCAGAUGAGGCAGAUCGCUCAGCAGCUGCAGGACUGCGAAGAGGAGGAGAAACCUGUGGAUGAGGAGCGGUUGCGGCCAGUCACCCAGCUGGACCUCCUCUUCGGCCUGGACAAGAUGAAGGAAUCUAAGCGGGCCACAGCCUUCAUGUUACCCGUUGUGUCAGAGGUACCUCUGGACUAAACACCCACACUGCGCCAUGAUGGGAAAGAUUUUCUUCAAACUCACUGAGUUUGUGUUUCAACUCAUCAAGCAGAGUCUCCUCCAACAUGUCUGAGGUGCAGCUGGGAAAGCCAAGAGGCAGCCAUACUUUUCAUAAACUACUUUCCAGGCAGGGUUUGUUCUGAGCAUGCUUACUUUCAGCACAACCCUGCCAGAUGUGUAAAGUUACAAUACAGUCAGAAAUUUAAUGUCUCCAAUUCGCCACUGACCUAAAGUCAGUGUCUUGCUCCUGGGCGCCAUUAAAGUUUCUUUGGUAGUGAAAGCAUUCUCCAUACACAUUAUGAAUCUGACUACUUCAUCACAGUAAGGUUCCAUAUAUGGUCCUGCCACUGACUUACACAUGAUUGUGAGCAGAGGGGACUGAGCACCAUGAUGCAUGAGUGUGGACUCCAGACCAGUGUCAUCCUUCAAGGUUUGCUGCUUAAUUUCUAAAUCAGGCGUCUCCUGUCUUCUUUUUUGGGCAAACACAGACUUCAAUAGACUUAACAAAGACUCAAAUGACUUUAAAGUGAUAUAAUCCAGGUUGUUUGGAAGAAAUCAUUCAGAUGACCUCGGUCCUCCUAAGUCACAAUACACUAUAUUGUCUACAAAUGCUGUUGUGUCAUAGCAAGUUAGUCCGUAAUGCAUUUCAGUUAUAGGGCUGUGUAAACAUAAUUGAUUCAAUCGAUUCAAAUCAGUCUUCUUUGAAUGAUCUGAGAUUGAUUCAUAAAUCCAACAUCGACCUUUAGAUAUAUACCUUUACCUGCUGAAGCAUGAAGCUUUAACCCUGUUAAUCUCGCAAAAGUGAUAUUUCAGUCUGCUCUGUCCGCAGUUUCUCAUCCAUCGCUGCUUAUGGCAUGUUUUACGCAAGCACAGCAACCUAGCUCGGUUAAUAGGGGUCUGUCUGUCUAUCUUAGUUUGCAACAUGUCUUAAAAUCAAAAUUUACCAGCGAUGUUAGCAGGCACUCAAUCACUGCAGCAGCAGAGGGAGGAGCACAGAGGACAGGAUGAAGGAUUGAGGUCUGUGUUCUUCAUUCUUUCUAACCUCAUCUAGUAUUGUUAUAUCAGGAAUAUAAUUUAUUUUAUUUACAUUUUAGAUUUCUAUCUGGUGAGAUAUUGUUGAGGUUAUAUAGUGAGUUUGCUGUUGUAAUAUAACUGUUGUGCUCUAGAAACGAAGCAAAAUUGCUAUUGUAACUGAAUAUCCCUGAUAGAAUUGAUAUUGCUUCGAAUCAAAUCAGGACCUUGUGAAUCGGACUCAAAUCGAUUUAGGAAAUCAGUGUUUAUACCCAGCCCUGGUCUGAUAAAGAAAUGGUUUUCUUCUUUUCAGGAAUGCCAGAUUUAGGUCUAAUUAUUCUAAGAUAGCUCCACCUCUUACCAGCUGUCUUUUUGUCCUGACCUAGCAAAGACUGCUUUCUCCUGGUGGAUGUACUGACACUGUGUUUUUUUUAAAGCUGACAAGAACAUUGGAUGUCAUUUCUGUUUACUUUCCAUGAUCAUUGAUGAACUUUGAUUGUUUUUCAUGUUUGUUUGAUUGCAUCUUUGCUUUAAAAGUAAGAGAGGUUGUGUUUAGCCAACAUGAGGUUGUAAUAGAAAUAGGGAUGCACGAUAAAAUACUAGCACGUAAGUGGUAUCGGCCAAUAUUGGCUUUAAAAUUAAGGGAUCGGAAUCUUACAUACAUUGAAAAGCACUCUAUUUCAUGUCUCCAUCUGCUGGUGGGCCAUCAUGAUGAGAGUAUGCAUGUAUAAUAUGACGUUAAUUCCACUACAGAAGAGACUUGAUGAUCACUAAAAUUAGGUGGGGAAAAAUGUGUAUAUAUCAAUGUCUGUCUCCUUUAUUGGCCAAAUAAGUUGUUAUAUAUCUGCAUAUUGGAUAUUGGCAAAAAAUCAAAUAUCGUCCAUCCCUAAAUAGAAAUCUGCAGUAAUGUGGUACUCAUCAUGUAAUGAGUUACUGCUCCUAAGGAGUACAAAUUUAAAUUUUUCUUUUCAGGUACAAUGAUUAAUGUGUGUUUUUAGUCAUAAAGCAAGCGCUGCUGUAGAAGCCAUGGAGUCACAGCAUGUAUAUGAAAAGGAAGAACAGAACAAAGUCAGCCACAGGUGAAACACAAUACAUUUACUCAGCCUGCCAAGGCCAGAGCGCUCAGUGAGGCACCUCAUUCCACUGCAAGUUUUUGUUCUUCUUUUUCAUCACUUUUCAGCACAGUAGGGUAGAAAUAUAUUUGAAUAGAAGAUCAGAUAAUCACAGUGUAAGCUUGAAUUGGGCCUGGAAGUUUCUGUAGCAAAGCAGCCUUUCUCACAGCUGUCAGACAAAAGCAAAUAACAAAACAUUCAAGCAGAGAUGGUAAAGAUCGGGUCAGCACUUAAACCUUGUAAUAAGAACCACAGCUACAAUAACCUGAGCCAGAGGCAGCAAUAAAGUAUGCAGUCAUAAGCCAGUAAAUCAAUGACAAUUAUUACCCUACUACUAAUAGCUAUAAAAUUAUACAUACUUUUUUUUAUCACUGCUCAGUCCUCAGCUGUUAGCAGAUGUCUCACAGAAAUUGUGCUGUGUGCAUGCUUGUGAAUGUGGAAGCACAAUGCUGGGUUAAAGGUAAAAACUUUAAAUGCACCUGAAGUACCCAAAUCCAGUUAUGUGUUCUACAAAUAAUAUUUAUUUCCCAUCCAAAAUGACAAUAAGUGUUACAUAAAGGGGAGCUUAUCUUGCACAGCAUAGCACAACUGUCAUUGGUAGUUUCAAGUCAAAAGUUCAUGGUUUCAUGGCCAGUGCCCACAUUAUGUAAGUAGCAAAUGUACUGGCACCUAUCUGUGCAUGUGCAUGUAGGUAUUAAAAUGAGGUGCAGUGAGAGCAUUGUUGCCUUAGAGCUAUUUUAAGGCAGCAGAAAGCGAUUAUGUUGUUGACCAACAAAAACGUGGCUUAUAGUCAGAAUAGUGUUUUCUUGCUAUGUAAAAUGUGCCAACAAGCAUUCACUUUGCUUGUUGCACACACAGGAACAUGCAGAUGGGUUGCAAGUGGGUGAAAUAAUACAUUAUUAAUGUGGAAAAUAUCAAUUACAUUUUCUAAAAUGUGAGCAUAGCAGAGCUGCAGAGCUGCUGUCUGAUUCCCCAUUAAGAGAAACGUUGUGCUUUUUUACAUACAGGGAGCAGCAUAACUUCCUUUAUUUCAGAGGCUAAAAGUUUAGUUCUGUUUCCACUGUCAAGUUUGUAACUACAGUUUUUAGUUUUGUCCUUAAAUGUCCCAUGGUAUUUCCUGCAGUGACAUUACUGCUCUUUCUGCUUUACUCUCAGCUGAGUACUCAAUUCUACAACUUCACCAUGUUAAUAGCAGUAUGGCAGGUGCAGGUACACCUGGCUUUUAAAGGGAAUGGGCGAUAAUGCUGAUUUUUUUUAAUCCAUGUUACGGCCAAAACACAUCUCUUUGUCAUUGCAACUAGAUUAUGUACGGUUUUCUUUUCUUGAGAAAGGUCUGGUGAGCGAGACUAUGCACGGUUUAACCAGCAAAAGUGGAGCUGGACACGCCCUAAAUACACUUUAUCCCUACAUAUGCUUUAGACUAUGCGCUAUAUUUAAUUUAAAUACACAUGUUCAAAUCUUACUGGUGUUUUUUGGGUUUUUUUUUACUGUUUUUUAGUGUUAUAUUUAUUGUGUUGUUAUAAUUAUUAGUGAGUCUCCUUUUUUUUCACUUUGUUUUCAUGAGUAAACUUUUAAUGUCAGGUUCUGUGCAUCAAUCGUCUGUCAUACACAACACAUCAGGGUUUUUCCGGGUCAUUUACUUUUAGUCUCACUUUCAGGAGAGCAUGGCUUUAAAAUUCAAAUGUUUUCAAUCAGCUGUCACUCUGAAGUUGCUGUGACAUGCUUCUCUGACUUCCCUCUGUAUAAAAAAAGCCUCGUUAUUCACCACAUGGUCACAGCAUGUGUUCAUGGAUCUGUUCGUGGGUCUCAUACAGACCUUCCUCCCACGCAGUCUGAGGAAGCCAGGGCAUAGCGAUCAUUAAACAUGACCACAUGGUGGCACUGCAGCUUCACUGUCCUGUUACUGAGGCAGGUGGAACUGUUUGUAGCAAUAUGGUGAGAUAAUGAAAUAGAGAACCCUGCAUACUGGAUUGUUUCUCUUUUAUUGGUCCAUUCAGUGAUAUUUAGACAUUUGUUGCUUUUCAUUAGAGUACCUCAGGUGACAGUUAAAGGUCAAAGUGUUGCCAUGUAAACCAAUGAUUGUGUCACCGCAGCUUACAGGUCUUAGUCCCCUUUCCUGGGAGAAGGGUAGCACUUGUGUAAAUGCUUUUUCUCAGUGUAGUAUCACUAUCAGGUCAUUCAUGUGGCAGAGACUGAUCUAUGGAUACAGAGUCUCCAUAUGCAGUUACUGUAAAAUAUAUUGUCAACUGUGUAUGUGUUGAAUAUGAUAUGUACAGUAAAGUGUAUUUAUUAAAUUACACUGAAGAAAUUGUUUCCUCUGUUAUUUCAGCAUGGAUUCAACCUGUUUGUCUCCCUGCCCUUGUUUAAGUGAAUUAAAUGUCAUAAACCUCAUUAUUCCCAACAGAAGUUCAACUUGUGAAAAUUUCAAACAAUAUAAAACUGUAUAUCUAAACCUUCUAAUUACUCAAAUUUAGUAUAUUGGCAUAUGUACUGUUACAUUAAUUUUACUCAUAACUUUCUUUUCUAGUGACAAAGUGUUGAUUGUGUUUUAUUUUUUCAACCCCAAAAAAGUGUGGCUGUAGGAGUCUGCUACUCUAUUGUAAAUUCUGCAGCUGUUGCAGUCACAUCCUGUACCCUUUAUGCAUGUAUUAAUAAA